AUGCGCAUAGGAUGCGAGGGGGGCGGGGCCUCCUCUCAGAGGAGGUGCAAAGCCCCCAAACAGGCUGCAUCUCGGGUGGAGCUGCCAGGGCUCCCAGCGCUGGUGCCUCUGCGGGCAGGGGAGUGCUGGCGGCGGGAACCGGAGCCAGCGCAGCCUUCAGACAGCACUGCGGAGCCCAGCGCCAGCAUGGAGGGCGUGGAUGUGUGGGCCAGCACCUUGGCCCAGCUGAUGGCCAAGAGGAAGCCCCAGGACACCUGGGAGCUGGUCCCCGAGGAGAACCUGGCCUCAGGGCACCUGGACAGCAGCGGUUUCCAGUACCGGCUGCGGGGGCUCUCGAGGCUCCAGUGUGGCCGCUGCCAGUGGGGCUGGUCCUCGGCCCACGUGCACAUCCUCUUCCACUUGUGGUGGGAUGAGGAUGCCCGGCAGGGGCUGGUGAAGAUGCGCAUCUGGGCCCAGCGGUGCCGGCUGUGCCCGCCGGGCGGGGCCCCCUGCCAGGUCAGCCUGCUCAACGUGCGGCUGUUCCUCAACAAGCUGGUGCAGUUCAUCGUGCAGAAGUGCUACGGGGAGGGCCCAGGCUCCGACCAGUGCCCUGAGAUCUGCUUCGGCGAGCACUGUGAGGCCUGCGACCUGGGGGUCUGCUUCUUCCAGAAGCCCCCAGACCCCGCCUGGGGGCCCGAGGUCAAGAGCCCCAGCACCAUCAAGGGCAGGUUCACCCUGUAUGGUGGCAGCAACGUGGACGCCCCCACUGCCAGCCAACAGCUGCGCACGCUUGGCUGCGGGCUUGUGGUGGACCGCUCCAGGGGCUACACCCCCAACUCCAUCAUGGUCCCCCUCUCCGUGGCCGACUUCAUCAAGAACCCCCUCUCCGAGGGCAGGGACUUCUUCGGCGACGAUGAGGAGAUCGUCACUGUCCCCUUCUCCCUUGUGCAUGAGGACAAGGGGCCCAUGACCAACCCCACCGGGCCGCUCACCAUUGGCAGGGGCUCCCUCUACCUGCCCACCAGCUCCAAGGCCACGUCCAAAGGCAGACGCUUCCCAGUGAACAUUAAAACCCCCGUUUUCCACGGCAAAGGCCUCCUCCUCAGCGGCACCAAGGAGAUGACAGGCUUCAUCUACAAAGGCCACGGCUGCGUCUCCGACCCUGAUGAAGAUGAAAAUGAAGAUGAAGAUGCAGACGAUGGCUGGGGCCCCACGUUCGGCAGCAGUGGUCCCAUCAUUGAAGUCACUGGUGGAAACGGCCCGCGGCCAAUGACCUACAUCAUCGGCCUCAUGAACAACGGGGAGGGCUCCGUCACCUUCCCCUCUUCCUUGACCAAUGUGGUCCUUGAAGGCGAGGACCCCUUUGACCUCAUCUACGGCUCCCUCACCUUCCCUUUCAUCUUCGCCGACAAGGGCAAAGGCGGGGCUUCUUCUGCUGGCGUCACUGAAGGCAAAGGGAAGGAGGAUGGCGGCAGUGGCCCUGUCCCCAUCAGCGAGGGCUCCGUCACUAUCCCCUUCUCUGUCCUCAGUAUCAUUCAGAGCAAGGGCUCUGGCAACGAUGUCAGUGGCCCUCAAAGCAAUGGCCUUGCCGCACAUGGCUUUUCCAAGGAGCAGGGGCAGCCGGGGCCCAGGGCGGGCAAGUCCGGCCCUGGGUCCUACUGGGAGGAGGACUUCUGCUGGGCCGAAGGCUUCUGCUUCGACCCCUACGAAGAAGUCUGGAUCUGGGUCUCCAUGACCGUCUGCGUCCUCUGGAUAAUGUACCUGUACAAGUUCAGCCCUGACCACUCCCCGCGGCAAGCCCCCGGCCACCUUGGCCGCCCCCUGCUUCCAUGUUCUGUCUCCUGCUGUGGUCAGCUGGGCCACCCCGGGGGGACAGUAACCUGCCCCUCCCCCAACAUCACCGGACAGCGCUGUGCGGCGGGCAGUCCUGGGCCUUUUGGACUCACGGCCCCCGCCCCCAGCUCCGGCCCCUCCUCCAGCCCCCGCCCGGCCGCCCGCGUUGUCCUGCGGCGCCCCCGAGUGGCCGCUAGCGGGAAGCGCAGCCCUGCGAUGGGGAAGGUGGCAGCAGGGUCCCCAGGUGCCUCGGCAGACAGGCUGAGUGGCCCCGGUCAGCACCGGGACCCACCACUGUCUCCACCCCGGGUCCAGGUGGAGGGGCAGCCAACCCAGCCCAAGGCUGCAGCUGAGUUCUGCCCCGGAGGGGGCCUGGGAGGCCGAGGACAGGCCUGGUGGCAGAGCAGGCGGCUGGAGCUGGAGGGCCACUGGCAUGGCACAGGUGUGACCCGCACCUGCGGCGGAGGUCACGGGGACCCUGUGUUCUCUCCGCUCUGGCCGCUGUUGCCCAAGCACGUGUCCUGCCCCAGCAGCCCUGACCUCGGCCCCAGCCGUGCCGGCUGCAGGGCCCUGCUCGGUGCAGAAGGGUGGAGUUUAAGCCUGUCGGUGAAGUUUUUGUUUCAGACGUGGCACUGUUUGCUUGGCGACCCGUCCUGGGGUCCUGCUGAUGGCGGCCAGGUUUGGUGCCGAGAAUCGACUUCCUUCCUUCAGGGCUUGAGUUUUGCCCUGACUGGACUGUCUGCAGCCCUGGACGCUGGUGCUGGUCUCCGUGAGCUCACGGCCCCUCUGGGCUCCACCUCCCGGGGGAGGGGCAGCAUCCCCAGGCAGAGAGCCGUGCGGGGCUGUGGCUCACGGUCGGCUCUGCCUGCUGCCCUGUAUUUGUCCAGUUUUGCAGCCAUGGUGGCAGCAGAGCAAGUCGGCACCAGUCAGGCUGCCGAGGCCAGAGGUGUAAGUUUCCUGCCAACCUGGCAACCCAAGGGCGCCCAGGUCAGCGACAGGGAAGAGUGA